CAGGAAGGACCUGCAGUGGAUUCUGGCGAACACCUACGUGCCAUCACUCAUUCAAGAUGGUCCACAGUGUGGUCUGGUGGCUUUGUGGAUGGCUGCUCACCUACGGCAGCCGCGGCUGAGUGUCGACAUGGAGACGGUGGUUCAGACAGCUCUGAGCAGGGGAUACACGGCUCAGGGCGAAAUGUUCUCGGCUGACAAUAUGGCCCUGCUGGCAGAAGAGGUGUGUGGCUGCAAGGCCAAGCUCCUUUCAGGGGGUCUGAGUGGUAAUAAUGCUGCAGCCAUCAUCUCACACCUGUGGGGGAGACAGCCUGUUCUCAUCCCCUAUGACGAGGAUUACAACCAUGAGCCGUGCCAGCGUAGUGGCCACAGAGCACACUGGGCAGUUGCUUCAGGCGUUCUCCUCGGUGUGGACCAGGGGAGUGUGAGUAAAGAGCACGCUCAGCCUGAUCCCUCUCUGCCGUGGCUCUACCUCGCCGCCGACAGCAGCUCAUCUUGUCCUGCCGGCAGCACGGCACUCAGAGAUGUUUACAUCCUCGCUAAGCAAGGUAAAAGCUUGCGCUACCAGCUGUGGAGUUUGGACACUGUAGCUCAGAGCAAUGAGCAGCUGAGGAUGAUGGACCCUCAGAGAGCCAGUGAUGGCACCAAGUAUGUGGUUCCCAAAGGAGGGGUGGAGGCCGGUCUGGCUGGAAAGGCGGUGAUGCUCCACACAAGGUCCACACAGUGAAGCAGACACACAUUAUGUAUGUAAUUAAAAGGGCUUUAAAGUAAGGGUUAUCAGGGAGAAGCCACGCCCACAUGUUCAGCCAUGCUCUGGUCAGUUUUUGUAAAAUGUGUAGUCGUCUUAUAAUUUUCCACUAACAAGGAUUGUGUCAGUUUAACUGUAAAAGCUAUAUAUAUAUAUUUUUUUUAGAAUAUCCACAAUUUAUUUGGAGAGGAACAGUGUUUAUGUAAUUUUUGCCUGUUACACCACCUUAAUGGAUUUUAAAAUAAACAGUUAAGGAGACAGGCCGUGUAAUUUCUCUGGAGGAAUUUGUUUGGAACAUUUAUUUUUUCGAACCAAGCUCAAUCUUUCCAAUUGAAUCAAUCAGAUCACUGCUUUUGGCAAAAAGCAUGCUCAUAGCACAGUACCGA